CCCACCCCCUGCCGCCUGGGAGUGCGCCUGCGCAGCGCGGAGCAGGGCCUUCACCAGGGCCAUGCCCUUCUAGCCUGCUCCGCUUCACCCCAGCAGCCCCUCCUCUCGCGCGUUUCUAAAACUCUGCUGACCUGCGUCGCUUCUUUCCUGUCUUCUGUCUGAGCUCUCACUCCUACUGGACAGAGCCUUAGCGCCGCUGCCGGGAGGUCCGGGUACUACCUGGUCUCUGCUUGGCCCCUCCUGGUGACCCCAUUCGUACACCUUCGCAUUCCCACUUUUUUUUUUUUUUUUUAAGAUAAAAUGUUACUCUGUCGCCCUGAAUAAAGUGCCGUGGCAUCAGCCUAGGUCACAGCAAGCUGAAAGUCUUGGGCUCAAGCGAUCUUACUGCUUCAGCCUCCCGGGUGGCUGGGCCUACAGGCACCCACCGCAAUGCCCGGCUAUUUUUUUUUUUUUUUUUUUUGGCCGGGGCUAGGUUUGAACCCGCCACCUCCGGCAUAUGGGACCGGCGCCCUACUCCUUGAGCCACAGGCGCCGCCCAAUGCCCGGCUAUUUUUAAGAGACCAGGUCUCGCUCUGGCUUAGGCUGGUAUGGAACUCGUGGGCUCAAGCAAUCCACCCGCCUCGGCCUCCCAGAGUGUUAGGAUUACAGGCGUGAGCCACCCCGCCCGACCUGGUUUUUCUUUUUCUUUCUUUCUUUUUUUUUUUUUUUUUGAGACGGAGUAUUAUUUUGUCGCCCUCGGUAGAGUGCCGUGGCGUCACACAGCUCACAGCAACCUCCAACUCCUGGGUUUAGCGAUUCUCUUGCCUCAGCCUCCCUAGUAACUGGGACUACAGGCGCCCGCCACAACGCCCGGCUAUUUUUUGUUGCAGUUUGGCCGCGGCCGGGUUUCAAUCCGCCACCCUCGGUAUAUGGGGCCGGCGCGCUCUCAUGGAGCCACAGGCGCCGCCCUGGUUUUUCUAUUUUUAGUAGAGACAGGCUGUGGGGGUGGGGUGUCUCUCUCUUGCUCAGGAGUCCCACUUACUCUUUCAGCGCUGAUCUCAAUGGCAGUUCCUCUGGGAAGCCUCUCUAUUGUGGCACCCUUGGCCGUCAUGAGCGCAUUCCCACUGGAGACACAGUCAUGUGUGCCCAGAUCCCAGCUGAGGAAUGGGUUUGGCAACAUAGAGUAGCUCCCCCAAACUGUUUGGCGCCCACCUGGUUGUCCCAAUCACAAGACUAUUCCUAACCCUUGGGAAAAACAAUUUGUUCAGUAAGGGGGAAGCCCCAGCUCUGCUGAACUCAUCUCUUUCAGGUGGGUCUUCACAGAUGAUCCCAUUAUUACUAUUACUAAACAACCUUCACUCCUGGGCGGCGCCUGUGGCUCAACAGAGUAGGGCGCCAGCCCCAUAUGCUGAAGAAGGUGGCGCGUUCAAACCCAGGCACAGCCAAAAACUGCAAAAAAAAAACCCUUCACUCCUGUCCCCCAACCUGCUCUCAUAGCUACCCCCAAAUUAAUCCACUUCUAACAUGAUUUACUAAUAGUUUUAUGGCUCCCUCCACCCCCAGCCCCCAUCAUCUGAUUCUUGAAGACAGACAGGCUCAUUCUCAACUUCUAUCAGGAGACCUGGCACUGAGUGAAUGAAUUGUUGUCUAAGGCUUACUUCUUCUGCCUUGGGGUAUUUCAGUAAUGGUAAGCCUCCGGCCACAGGGCCUUUACAAUAGAGCCUUAUCUGUACCUUCUGCUCCCCUCCAACUCUGCGCCUGCUGUAGCUAACCCCAGCUCUUCCUUCAGAUUUUCUUCUCUCAAGGCACUUCCCUGUAAAACAGGAUGCCCUCUGUAGCUUGAGAUUUCUGUACUUCACUGAAAAAUGCCCUUCAGCCCCAUUAAGCAUGAAUUAAUAAAUAGGAGAUAGGUAUUGGAAAGGGGUAGGCAAGGCCCCAACAUCCCACCCCACCCAAAGCCAGACAACUCCAGGCACGCCAAACUGCACUCCAGGUAUUUGGAAGAAGAAUUUGGGUCUCAUGGGCCACACACUCACAAACAUUCCAUCCUCACUUCAGCCCUCUGAGGCCUGCCCAGGCUGAAGCCCUAAUGUAUGUAGCCAGCUCUCUGACCACAAGUAUGGGAAGACUGGGGCCCUCAAUCUGGUGGAACCUCCAGGGCAUCUAGGAGUGGUGUAAAGCAUCUUCACCAAGGCUGGUGGGUUCGAACCCAGCUAAAAGGCCAAAGACAACUACAACAACAACAAAAAUAGCUGGCAUUGUGGCAAGUGCCUGUAGUCCCAGCUACUUGAAAGGCUAAGGCAAGAAAAUCGCUUAAGCCCCAGAGUUUGUGGUUGCUGUGAGCUGUGAUGCUACAGCACUCUAACGAAGGCAACGGCUUGAGACUCCAUCUCAAAAAAAAAAAAGGAUCCUGGUGGCGCCUGUGGCUCAGUGAGUAGGGUGCCGGCCCCAUAUGCCAAGGGUGGUGGGUUCGAACCUGGCCCCAGCCAAACUGCAACAACAAAAAGUAAAUAAAUAAAUCUUAAAAAAAAAAAAAAAAGAUCCCGAGGUGGAAGAGGAUUCGAUGCUGGGGCCACCGCGGGGAGUCACUCUUACGGACCCUGACCCAGCCCAAACCUCAGCUGCCGGCCAGGUCUACUACCACCCCUGCUACUGUUGGGCCACCCAGGCUCCUCUGGAGUUCCGAGGUCCGCGCUUUUGCAAAACUACUGCUGGGUACCCACCAGAGGGCGCGCUGACUCUUGCCAGGCCCAGAUGGUGGAGGAGCAGGGGGCGGAGCGUAAUACAAAAGGGUGAGCAGUGCACCAGGACUGAGGUGAAAAAGGGUGCCCUCCUUGCAACCCCAGACUUUAGAAUCUUCGAGUGACUCCUGGCUCCCUGAACGGAAGUAGGCCAAGUUUUUAAGCUAGUUUUUUAGGGCCGCCAACUUCUCUCCUCGCUCAGUCAGCCUGCCCCACCCAGUGCUCUGGACACACUACUUGUUUCUUUAGGUCCCCAGGCUGCUGCAUGGGCCGAGCUCCCUGCUGGUCCCUACCCACCCAUCCCUUUGUUUUCCCUGAAAGCGCCUGCUCAUCUUUCCAGGCCCAUGCUAAUGAUUCUUCCUCCAGGCAGCCUUCCUGAUUAGGAGGCCAGUAGUAGCUCAGUCUGUGCCUCUGGGGUUCUGUGGUAAUUGCACCAGUAUUAGGCUGCCAGGAUAGAGGUCUGCUGAGCCUGGCAGAAAAGGGAGGUGGGAGGACACCACUCCCAGACACCCUGGAGGUUCCAUGAGAUGUGCCACACUCCCUACCACAAGGACCUCCAACCUAUAUGUGCCCCUACACACACUGAGCUUUAGGGAGAAUUGAUUUGCCUCUAAACGGGCUCAACUCUGGCCACCACACCAGCUGAGAAGCCCUGGUCUUAGUUUGGUUGUCUCAAGUUCAGUUAUCUACCUGCUCCAGAUAGGGGACUUGGAGCUUGGGCCAGUGAGAGGAAGUGCAAAGGGCCCCAAAACAGGAGAGACGAAGGCUGUUGGCUGUGUGCUCAUCCAAAGGAAGGUAACACAGCUAGUCUGGCUUCCCAGUCUCUGGAUUUAUUCUCACCUCCUGUCUCUGCCCAGAGUGUUCUCCUCCCCGGGAACCACCUUCCUUCUUUCCCAAUUUUUUCCAGAACUCACUUCCAUCUCUGCUGACCUCCCUUACUACUCCUCUAGGCCUCACAGGUACUAGGACCCUGUCCUGGAAGAGAGAGGUUGUAGAAAAGGAGAUGUAUCACUCAUUCAGCAUCUAUUAUGCAUGUGCUGUGUGCCACGAACUGGGCUAGGUAGUAACUGAUAACCCAGGGUGGGACAGGAAUAGGAUAGGUGAACAGCUUGCUCUUGCAGCCAUUACUUUCUAAUGAAAGCCAGGCAGGGCUGCUUCAUAUCCAACAGUCAUGUCUGGUCUGAGGCCUAAAUGCAGAAGUCAAUCAAGUCCCCAAAACUGGGGAAUGCAGAGUGGUCUCAGGGUAGCAAGUGCAGAAGUCCUGAGGGGGAAUGAAGUUGGUUGACCAGUGCAAGGAAGCCAUUGAAACUGGAGAUGGGGCAGCUGGGAAAGAGGAGGAGUGGAAGGUGGGGAGACAAGGCCAGAAUACCUCGCAGGAUUCUCACUAUGUAUGAGAUGCAUACCAUGAAAAGCUUGCCAGUGGGGUUAGAGGAGAAUUAUGGCAUCUGACAUUGUUUAAUGGUGUAAACUUGGCAGCACCCAUAGCUCAGUGGUUAAGGCGAUGGCUAUGUACACGGAGGCUGGCAGGUUUGAACUCAGCCCAGGCCAGCUAAAACAACAAUGACAAUUGCAACAAAAAAAUAGCCAGGUGUUGUGGCAGGUGCCUGUAAUCCCAGUACUUGGGAGUCUGAAGCAAGAGAAUCGCUUAAGCCCAAGAGUUGGAGGUUGCUGUGAGCUGUGACACCAUGGAACUCUACCCAGGGCAGGGCAACAUGGUGAAACUCUUGUCUCAAAAAAAAAAAAAAAGGUGUAAACUUGGUGAGUAGAGAGCAUUCCUUGGGAAUAAGGCAGAAAUCAGGAAGAGGCUAUUACAGGGAUGAGGGUAGUUUAGUUUGGGGAGGGUAGAGCUGAUAAAACUUAGUAAUCACUUGCGUCAUGGGUCUGGGAAGUGCUGAGGCAUCAAGUCCAGGAUGACUCCAGGUCUGCAGCUUGAGGGAUAAGGUGGAUGGUAGUGUCCUUGUGAAAAGGGAGGACCCUUACCUUUUCACCUAUCUUCACAGUACUAGCACGGGUGGCCAGGCCUUGCUACCCCUACGCCAGUGGACAUGGCCCCCAACACCUGCAGGACCUGUGGGGGGUGGGGCACCUGGGAAUCCCUCCUAAGGAAUCCCUACCCUUCCAGGAGUCCAUGGUCACCUGAUGCUGCUGGGCUGACAAGGCAUUCAGACUGUGGCCGGAGUCCAUGGGGGUCCAGUCUCUCCUGAUCCUUCCCCUCCCCCAUCUAAACCAUUAACUCUGGAUUCCUGCUUGUUCUUAGUCCUGGCAGAAGGAUCUAUAAGGUCUCUCACACUGGUCCUUCACCAGAUGGGUCUUUGGAAACCCUCUGCUGGGGCAAGGGUGAAGGUGGGGUAUGCAGAGGCUUUGGGAGUGAGGGCCCUGAGCCAUGGCCCAAGUUGGGAGGUAGUUGGACCUUAAAAGAGGGUGGUACCCUAGUCACCAAAGUAUUUCACUAUAUUAACUUAGGAGGGCUAGCCAAGAUGAUGAGUGGUUAACCCUGGGUCUGCUUCUUACCCAAGAAGAAAGGAGGGGUGGGAUGGAGGUAUUGGGAACAAGUACAGGUGGGCCUUCAAAGUGGGUGUGUGGAGAGUCAAGACCUCAUUUCCCAAACACACCGGUCCCUCUAUUCUAGAGUGACCGUGGUGAUGGCAUAUUCCCAGCUGUCAGGUCUUUGCCUCUGAUUCUUGGCACAGUGAGUUUGUGUCUUCUCUGGAUCCUAGAUUUACAUAGAAUGGGAGUGCGGGGCGAUGACAAGCCGCCUAUGCUCCUCUCUGCAGAGGAAUUUACAAAUGGACCAUGGCAUACGGUCGAGGUCCAAGCCCACUUCCAACCCUGCGCCCUAACUACCCGGGUUACGCCCUAAAAUGCAGAACUGCAAAGAACUGGUGUGGAAAUGCACAAAAGUCCUCGUUAGCCCUGGGUCACCUAAGGUUGAAGAACUAUCCGGGACACACUUCCCCUCUUCUUAAUUUGACCAGGGUCGCUCUGUGGGAGCGCUGGAGCCCUGUCCUCCCUCGGCCCACUCGGUUCCAGAUCCUCCGGGUCAGAGAGGCACCAGGAAACAGGGGUGAGGGCUGCACAGAGUGGACCUCAGUGCCUGGUGAUUUGGGUAACCAGCUGGAGGCAAAGCUGGACAAGCCAACGGUGGUGCAUUACCUCUGCUCCAAGAGGACUGACAGCUACUUCACACUCUGGCUGAACCUCGAACUGCUGCUGCCUGUCAUCAUUGACUGCUGGAUCGACAAUAUCAGGCUGGUUUACAACAGAACGUCCAGAGCCACCCAGUUUCCUGAUGGUGUGGAUGUACGUGUCCCUGGCUUUGGGAAGACUUUUUCUUUGGAGUUCCUGGACCCCAGCAAAAGCAGCGUGGGUUCCUAUUUCCACACCAUGGUGGAGAGCCUUGUAGGUUGGGGUUAUACACGGGGUAAGGAUGUCCGAGGGGCCCCGUAUGACUGGCGCCGAGCCCCAAAUGAAAACGGGCCCUACUUCCUGGCCCUCCGCGAGAUGAUCGAGGAGAUGUACCAGCUGUAUGGGGGCCCUGUGGUGCUGGUUGCCCACAGCAUGGGCAACAUGUACACACUCUACUUUCUGCAGCAGCAGCCACAGGCCUGGAAAGACAAGUAUAUCAGUGCCUUUGUGGCACUGGGCGCACCCUGGGGGGGUGUGGCCAAGACCCUCCGUGUCUUGGCCUCAGGAGAUAAUAACCGGAUCCCAGUCAUCGGGCCCCUGAAGAUCCGGGAACAGCAGCGGUCUGCUGUCUCCACCAGUUGGCUGCUGCCCUACAACUAUAGCUGGUCACCUGAAAAGGUGUUUGUGCACACACCUACAAUCAACUACACACUGCGUGACUAUCGCAGGUUUUUCCAGGACAUUGGCUUUGAAGAUGGCUGGCUCAUGCGGCAGGACACAGAGGCUCUGGUUGAAGCCAUGGUGCCACCUGGUGUGCAGCUACACUGCCUCUAUGGCACAGGGGUUCCCACACCAGAGUCCUUCUACUAUGACAGCUUCCCCGACCGUGACCCUAAAAUCUGCUUUGGCAAUGGCGAUGGCACUGUGAACUUGCAGAGUGCCCUGCAGUGCCAAGCCUGGCGCAGCCACCAGGAGCAAGAGGUGUCAUUGCAGGAGCUACCAGGUAGCGAGCACAUCGAGAUGCUGGCCAACGCCACUACCCUAGCCUAUCUGAAACAGGUGCUUCUUGGGCCCUGAUUCUUGUACCAGGCAGGGCUACUGGAUGGCUUGGCCACGGGGCCUCUUUUGGCCUCUGGGGCAAUU